UCUUCUAUAUACACACAGCACCGAGCGAUCGCCAAAUCCAGAGUUUGAUCGAAGAGCACACACGCGAUCGACGACCUACCCAACGACUGCACGCACAUACCCCUAACCCUAACCCCACCUUCCGUCGCGAUGAGGAGCCCCCCAACGGCCGUCAUGGCGGUGGCAGCGCUGCUGCUGCUGCUGGUAUCCCUGGCGGCGGCGGUGGCGAACACGGCGGACAGGGAGUUGCACCAUCGGGUCUUGGCGGGGUUUAAGGCAGGGCACGGCAAGAAGAUGAGCGAGAAGGAGACCCGGCGGUUGUUUGCCGAGUGGAAGGCCAAGCACGGCAGGAAGUACAGCUCCGCUCGCGAGGAGGAUCGCCGUUACGCUAUCUUCAAGGAGGGCCUCCGCGACGCCGAUCUGCACAAGGCCGGCUUCGGCCCCGACGCAGUUUUCGGCAUCAACAUGUUCAGCGACUACACCGAUGAGGAGUGGAGAACCCUGAGCCAGGGAUAUAAGCCAUAUAUACCAAGAGAAGAACCUCAUCCACAUAUGCUUCCAAUCUAUAUCUGUGAUUAUGGCACUCAUGGUAGGAUAUGUGUUCGCUAAUUGUAAAAUACUCUACUAGAGUUAUUUAUAAGUUCUUACAUUGUUUUCAUCAUAAAUUGUUGGGUAAUCUGCAUAGUUUUGUGAUCCUAUCGUUGACUGAACUGCACCAUGGAAGUCAAUCGAUAGACUUCAUUUGUUUUUAAGCGGUUGAUGGCAAAAAUCUUGAAUUGA